AUGUCAACAAAGCCACGUGUCAACAAAGCCACGUGUCAACAAAGACACAUGUCAACAAAGCCACGUGUCAACAAAGCCACGUGUCAACAAAGACACAUGUCAACAAAGCCACGUGUCAACAAAGCCACGUGUCAACAAAGCCACGUGUGGGAAACGUUGUCAUACGGAGAACAAAAUGUUGGAAUGAUACAAAUGAAUAAGCAUGGAUCGAUCGUUUUAAUUAUUAAGGAGUUUCGCCAAGAGAAGCCAACAGUGCCAAGAGAAGCCAGCAGUGACAAGAGAAGUCAACAGUGCCAAGUGAAGCCAAGAGAAGCCAACAGUGCCAAGAGAAGCCAACAGUGCCAAGAGAAGUCAACAGUGCCAAGAGAAGCCAACAGUGCCAAGAGAAGCCAACAGUGCCAAGAGAAGCCAACAGUGCCAAGAGAAGUCAACAGUGCCAAGAGAAGCCAACAGUGCCAAGAGAAGUCAACAGUGCCAAGAGAAGCCAACAGUGCCAAGAGAACCCAACAGUGCCAAGAGAAGCCAACAGUGCCAAGAGAAGUCAACAGUGCCAAGAGAAGUCAACAGUGCCAAGAGAAGCCAACAGUGCCAAGAGAAGUCAACAGUGCCAAGAGAAGCCAGCAGUGCCAAGAGAACCCAACAGUGCCAAGAGAAAUCAACAGUGCCAAGAGAAGCCAGCAGUGCCAAGAGAAGCCAGCAGUGCCAAGAGAAGUCAACAGUGCCAAGAGAAGUCAACAGUGCCAAGAGAAGUCAACAGUGCCAAGAGAAGCCAGCAGUGCCAAGAGAAGCCAGCAGUGGUAUGGUGAGCCAACAGUGCCAAGAGAAGCCAACAGUGCCAAGAGAAGCCAGCAGUGCCAAGUGAAGCCAACAGUGCCAAGAGAAGCCAGCAGUGCCAAGAGAAGCCAACAGUGCCAAGAGAAGCCAACAGUGCCAAGUGAAGCCAACAGUGCCAAGAGAAGCCAGCAGUGCCAAGAGAAGCCAGCAGUGCCAAGAGAAGCCAACAGUGCCAAGAGAAGCCAGCAGUGCCAAGAGAAGCCAACAGUGCCAAGAGAAGCCAACAGUGCCAAGUGA